AUGGCAAAUCUAAACAAACUUGAAACAUCAGACGACCACCUCAAGUAUCUGCCGCCAGACUUAUGUCAAGAGAUAUUGGCCAGAUUGUCUGUAAAAACCCUGCUAAGAUUCAGGUGUGUCUGUAAAUAUUGGUGUUCAAUUAUUGAUUCAUCUGUAUUUACUUAUAUGCAUCUUAAUCUCUACCAAAACAAUCCUCGUAAAAAUAACAAUCUUGUAUUAUGUGUGGAAAGUCACAAUGCGAAACAAUCUAUUUGUGUUCGUUUUCAUCGCAUCAACACGUUUCACCGAAUUGGUGAAAAGAUUGAAAUUCAUCUUCCUAAACGACGUCGUUGCUUAAUUGUUGGGAUUUGUAAAGGGUUGUUAUUGACAACAUUUGAUGGGAAUAGACUAUGGAAUAUAAGAAAGUCCCUUCUUCUUCCAUGUUGCCCAAUUAGGGAUACUUAUGUUAAUGAUGUUGCUAUUUAUGUUAACUAUGUUGUGGGAUUUGCCCCUUCUACUAAUGACUAUAAGGUGGUUGCAUUUACGUAUAAUUCAAUGGCUGUUUAUUCACUUCGUGAUCACUGUUGGAAGGUAAAAAACAACACGGAGUUUAUGAACCCAAAGUGGCAUGUACCAAAACCACUACUACGGUUUCAUGAUGUUGUUUUCGUAGGAAAGGCUGCAUACUGGUUUGAAUUUGGUCCUCGUUAUUAUUAUAAAGGUUCGUACACACACCAACAAAAUCGUAUUGUCUCGUUUGAUUUCGAUGUGGAAGAAAUUAACCUUCUUAAACUACCAGAUCAUGUCGUUUGGAAUGGUAUUAUAGGUAUGUGUUUAUGUUCUAUAGAGGACUCGUUAGCAUUGUUUUUACUGUGUCUAACAAAAGGAUUCGUGUAUGGAUACUCGAAAAAGAUCGUGGAAGCGGUAACGCGUCGUGGAGGGUAUGGUUGUCUGAGGGCAUAA